AUGGAUACCAUAAAACUUGUUAAUUUUGUUCCUCAAGAUUUGAAAUCUUUAUCUAAUUAUCUUGAAGUUGUAACACCAUUUGCUACAUUAGAAAAAAUCCAACAUGAAUAUUUAGAAGACAACCCUAGAUUAGGAUAUAAUUUAAGUGGAUUUUUAACAAACAUUUCACCAACAUCUAAUCUUUACAUUGGAAACCAUAAGCUUAUUUUUAAUAAUGGCUAUGAGGAUGAUUUAAUGGUAGACAUUUGUCCUGAACUUGAUUCUUCAUCUUCAAUAUGCAUCAAUGAAUUUUCAAGUCUUUCAAUUUUAUCAAGUUCAUCAUCAGCCUUAUCUGUAGAAAAAUCAGGUAAUAAAAAAAGAAAAAUAAGUAAUUAUUUUGCUCAUUCUGUUCCUCUUUCUAAACAAGAUAAAGAACAUUGGGAGAAGCUUGUAUUGAAUUCUACCAUAGAUAAUGAUUGGUCAUUCAGAUGGGUUGACAAAAAAUCAAGUCAAAUAUUAUUUAAUUUUGCAAGUCCAGGUUUGAGAUUACCAAGCUGUAAAAUAUUAGCUGGUCAUAUUUUAACUAGUAAUUCUAAACAGUUUAAUUGA